CAUUAUUGGGCUCAUCUUAAAAGGCCUAUUUUGUUUGAACAAACCCCAAUUUCUCUUCAUCCUAGGUUUUUUCACCCGUCAUCCUCGUCGGCGUUCUGUUUUCUCUGUGAAAGCGUCCUCCGAUCAAUCACUCCUCCGCCGGGCUCCGUCGCUCUCUGUUUUCCCGUGAGGAAGAUGGGUGACAAGAGGAAGAAGACGUUCAUGUUCAUUCGUCUAGUCUCAGCAGCUGGAACUGGAUUCUUCUAUGUCAAGAGGAAGAGUAGCAAGGGACUUGUUGAGAAGCUUGAGUUCCGCAAGUACGAUCCUCGAGUCAAUCGUCAUGUCCUCUUUACAGAGCAGAAGAUGAAGUGAAGAAGCCAAGUUACUUUCAUCAAAGCAAAUAACUUAUCAAUUUAGGAGUCUAAUCCUUAAGUGUAGUUUGGUUGUACUUCGAGAUACCCUUUUAUUCAAUUUGAUUUCAAGACGAAUAUAAGACACAAUCAAAUCAUUCAUGUUAUUUAGUGCUUAGAUGUUCAUAUAAUCACUCAGUGCCAUUGAAG